GCUGAGGUGUUGCUGCAGGAGUGGCGGAUCCCUCGUGUCCCCUAGAGCACUCAGCAAGGCCCCCGUGCUCUGCAAUCCCCCCGAGCAGCUCGCAAUGGCCCCGCGCAAGAAUGCCAAGGGCGGCGGCGGCCACAGCAGCAGCAGCACCAGCAGCAGCGGUGGCGGCAGCGGCUCGGGCAGCGGUAGCCCGAGCACGGGUAGCAGCGGCAGCAGCAGCAGCCCCGGGGCUCGGAGAGAAGCAAAGCCCGGAGGACACAAGAAUGGGAGGAGAGGAGGGAUUUCCGGAAGCUCCUUUCUCACCUGGUUCAUGGUCAUUGCAUUGCUGGGCGUCUGGACGUCUGUGGCCGUUGUGUGGUUUGACCUUGUUGAUUAUGAGGAAGUUCUAGCCAGAGCAAAGGACUUCCGUUAUAACUUAUCAGAGGUACUUCAAGGAAAACUAGGAGUCUAUGAUGCGGACGGUGAUGGAGACUUUGAUGUGGAAGACGCCAAAGUUUUAUUAGGACUUAAAGAAAGAUCUACUUCGGAGAAGCCAUUCCCAGCAGAGGAGGCCGAGCCACCGGCUGAGCUGGAGGAGCAGGCUCCUGACUUUGGGGCAGAGGUCCAGGAUGUUGAAGAUGAAGUAAAAGAACCAGUUCAGUCCCUUCUCCAGGAAUCAGUACACACAGAAUAUGACUCAAAGCUGGAAGCAGAUGGACCAGCAGAACCGCAGCCAGAGGUUGAGGACUUCCUCACAGUCACUGAUGGAGAUGACAGAUUUGAGGUCCUGGAACCUGAGGCAGUUCAUGAAGAAACUGAGGAUAGUUACCAUAUGGAAGAGACAGCAUCACAGGACCAUCCGAACGAUGUGGAAGAGGCGAUGAAUGAACAGGAAAGCUCAGAUGUCAGUGAAGCAGUAACAGAUGCUGACAAGCCACAGCAGGAUGCAGAGGAAGUAACACAGCAAGACUAUGAUGAACCAGUACAUGAACAUUCAGAAAAGGAAGGGAUAGCGAUUUCAGAUAAUACCAUAGAAGAUUCCAGCAUAAUUCCAGAAGUUAAGAAAAAGAAGCCUAAACUUCUGAACAAAUUUGAUAAAACAAUUAAGGCUGAACUUGAUGCUGCAGAAAAGCUCCGGAAAAGGGGUAAAAUCGAGGAAGCAAUGAAUGCAUUUGAGGAAUUGGUUCGCAAGUACCCUCAGAGUCCACGAGCGAGAUACGGCAAAGCGCAGUGUGAAGAUGACUUGGCCGAGAAGAGGAGGAGCAAUGAGGUUCUGCGCAGGGCCAUCGAGACCUACCAGGAGGCAGCUAGCCUGCCCGACGCCCCCACAGACCUGGUGAGGCUGAGCUUGAAGCGGCGUUCCGAAAGACAGCAGUUCCUGGGUCACAUGAGAGGUUCCCUACUUACCCUCCAGAGGCUAGUUCAGCUGUUUCCUAGUGAUACGACAUUAAAGAACGACCUUGGUGUAGGAUAUCUCUUGAUGGGAGACAAUGACAGUGCCAAGAAGGUUUAUGAAGAGGUUCUGAGCGUGACACCAAAUGAUGGCUUUGCUAAAGUCCACUACGGCUUCAUCCUGAAGGCGCAGAACAAGAUAGCCGAGAGCAUUCCCUACCUAAAGGAAGGGAUCGAAUCCGGGGACCCUGGUACAGAUGACGGCCGGUUUUAUUUCCACUUGGGAGACGCCAUGCAGAGGGUCGGGAACAAAGAGGCAUAUAAGUGGUAUGAGCUUGGGCACAAGAGAGGACAUUUCGCCUCCGUCUGGCAGCGUUCCCUCUACAAUGUGAAUGGCCUAAAGGCUCAGCCAUGGUGGACCCCCAGGGAGACUGGCUACACGGAACUUGUGAAGUCUUUAGAGAGAAACUGGAAGUUAAUCCGUGACGAAGGCCUCAUGGUGAUGGAUAAAGCCAAGGGUCUCUUCCUGCCUGAGGAUGAAAAUCUUCGGGAGAAGGGGGACUGGAGCCAGUUCACACUGUGGCAGCAAGGGAGGAAAAAUGAGAAUGCCUGUAAAGGAGCCCCUAAGACCUGUACUUUACUAGAAAAGUUCACCGAGACAACAGGAUGCAGGAGAGGACAGAUUAAAUAUUCCAUCAUGCACCCUGGGACCCAUGUGUGGCCACACACAGGACCCACGAACUGCAGGCUCCGAAUGCAUCUAGGGUUGGUGAUUCCCAAGGAAGGCUGCAAGAUCCGCUGUGCCAAUGAGACCAGGACGUGGGAAGAAGGCAAGGUGCUCAUCUUUGAUGACUCUUUUGAGCAUGAGGUGUGGCAGGACGCCUCAUCUUUCCGGCUGAUCUUCAUCGUGGAUGUGUGGCAUCCCGAGCUGACCCCUCAGCAGAGACGCAGCCUUCCUGCAAUUUAAAAGGAACUGGCACAGCCUUGAUCGGAUGCUCCUCAGGGAAGCUGCCUAUCCACCUCUGCUGGGCUGUGGAGACAGAAGUUCAAGUGCCAUGAUUCUUCAUCCCCUUGCCUUGUAGCUAAAGACCUCUAAGGCUCCUUCUGGAUUGGACAUCACUGGGAGGAGUAUUUGCCUUAUUGCAAUUCAUUUAGGAGGCCCCUUGCUUCAAGUCACUCAUGACAGCACAGAACUUCUACCUGGAUUGAAGGGGAACACUUGGCUGUGCUAUAUUGCUAGCCAAAGAUAUUCUUCUACAUAGACUAGUGUCUACAUCAGUGUUCACUGAGGAUGUACUCUUUGUAAAAACUGAAAGAAUCACUUUAGUUUGUAAUUUUUCUAUGCAGUUAUAUUUUUCUACGUUACUAAAGUAUUCUGUCACCAUGUUUUUGUUGACAAGAAGUAUAAAUGCUUUACUUCUUACUGUUAAAUAGUAAUCUCCAUGAUAAAUUGAGACAUAAUUCCUUUCAGAAAACAAAACAAAAAUCACCUUUGAACAAGGCAACUUUAUUUUCCUAACAUAAAUGGGAAGUUACUCCGGGAUGUAUAAACUGUGCCAACCCUUGCUCCUGAGUCUCCCUGUGUAUCUUCAUGUAGCCUUAGUGUCUUCCCCUUUCUCUGUGCUAAUGAUGGAAAUGCUAUCAAGCUCUUAUUUCUAAGAGCAAUACUUGUUUUUUUUUUUUUUUUUUUUUUUUACACUGAGCAAAGCCAUGGGAACAUUUCAUGUUCUUAUAAGAAAAUACCAAAUAACGGGACUCAGAGAGAAAAUGUGACAUGGAAGUGGAAUUUCUCACUCAACAUCGGGUGGCCAGGCAGCCUGGACUCUGCCUUCUAUGUAUGAGGCCUGGAAUCUGCAGUGUCUGUCUCCUGUGGAU